AUGUCUUCCGCCGCCGCCACCACACUAUCACCCGCACUUAAAGCGCUCAUCAAUGCCCCUCACGCCCGAGGCGCUGCGAUCCCCACUUCCCCUCACCUAUCCUCACUGUUCAAACGGAUAGAAGAUGACGCCCGAUCGAAAGAUAUCGGGAUCCGGACCUGGUUGUGUCUCUCCACAGCGUCUCUGGUGACGAUGAAUUCGCCUGCGGCAGUGUGCGAUCUUUAUUCGUAUGCUACGCGGUCGAUGGCGAAGGCUGAGGAUAAGGCCAUGGCAGCGGCGGUGAUGAGAGAGACCGGCUUGAAAUGUAUCAGCUUUUCUGGUACUAUCAACGCACUAGGCGCUCUUCGCGCUCAUCUGGAAGACGAUGUGAAAACCCAUCUAAGCACAGAACCAACGAGACAACCUACUCCCGAGAACAUCGAAUCCAUCUCCGCUCGCGCCCGUGAUCUAUGGGAUUCGAUCUACGACCCCCACUCCUCCAAACUACUCUCCAAGCUAUCCUGCUCACAUCCAGAUCUUCCCGUCCAUAUCCUCAACUCGCACUACGGCGCGCUCCUCUCCGAUCCUCCCUUUCAAGCCAACGAUAAUGACAACGACAACAACCUACCCGGACUCGCCAAGCUCGGACACGCCAAGAUCGGUCGUACUCUAACUUCGGUCGUAGCCAUCGCAUGUCUCCGUGCGCAACAAGGAGUAGGGCCUCAGGUGACAUCUCACGUGUUCGGGUUGAAGAAGAGCGUGCUCGAAGGUGGAGGCUUGGGGGACGAGCUUCCGAUCCAGGGACAAGCUUUUUUAGCUAGCGAUGAAGGUGCACAGUGGGUGCUUCGGACGGUUGAUGAGGUUGUAGCUAGUUUGCGUCCGGAUGGGAGUUCUAGUUUUGCCGCGACGGCCAAAUUGUAA